ACGUAACAGCACUUUGGGACACCCCCAAACAAACACUACCUCCCACAAUCAUUCCCUAUUCCAACGUCCACAUCUCAUCUCAAUCCCAGCCGUCAAAUUUCCACUGUCGGUUGCAAUCUCAAAAUUAGAAUCCUUUACCAGUUAAGAUCAUCCUACUAAAAACCCAUUACACUAAAUUCGAUUACACCGGAUUAGAUACCGUUGCUUUGAUUCAUAAUUUCCAAAUUCAUUCAGAAUUUAUUACAAGUACAAAACAAAGAUCACAGAGCAACAAAAGCAAAGAAAAAGGAAAAAUCUCAGUUAGUACAUUUUUAAAUUCAAUAAAUAAAUAUUCUUCUUGAUUUGCUUACAAGCCUACUCUCUCAGUCUUUCUCUUGUAGCUGCUUUCUUGUGGAUUGCUAGAUUUGAGCUCCGAAAGUAUUGCAUUUACAGGGUAUUUGCAGUUUCACGGGAUCUUCAUGUAAUGGGAAAAUCUCCCGGAAAAUGGAUUAAGACUGUGCUUUUUGGAAAGAAACCUUCCAAAUCUAGUUAUCCUAAAGGAAGGGAGAAGGUUGACAAUGACAGCCAGGUAUUGGUUGCAGCCAGGGCAUCAGAAAGUGAUUUGGCUGUGGCUCCUCCCUUCUCUUCACAGCUCAAUCCUCAUACUACUGAGAGAGAUGAAAGGAGAUUAGAAUUGGAGAACAAGGAAACUGCAAAUAUCUCACAUGAUGAUGAGACAUCACUGCCAAUGAGUCAAGACAUAGAUUCUCUGAAGUUCACUCUUCAGGAUUCACCUUCUAAUCCUGAAAGGAUAAAGCACGAACAAUCGGCGACCCUGGUGCAGGCUGCUUUUAGGGGUUACCUGGCUCGCCGAGCAUUCUGGGCACUCAAAGGGAUUAUAAGGCUGCAAGCACUUAUUCGUGGCCACUUGGUUAGGAGACAAGCUAUUUCUACUUUGUGCUGUAUGAUGGGAAUUGUCAAGUUGCAAGCUUGCGUUCGUGGACAAAUGGUCAGACAUUCUGAUUGUGUCCACGAAUUGCAGAAAAAAUGCAAUCAAAUAAACCUUCUGGAGAGCAAGCUUGUAGUUUCUCUUGGAUUUAAUAUGCCCUCACACAUUGGAAAGUUGUCAGGACAUGCUUUUGUUCGUAAGCUCAUUGCUUCAUCACCAACCGUAAUGCCUUUGCGCCUCCGUUAUGAUGUUGGGGAACCAAAUUCUGUCUGGAUCUGGUUAGAGCGUUGGUCAGCAUCCUGCUUCUGGAAACCAGUUCCUCAACCAAAGAAAAUCUCCAACACUAAAUUCCAGAAGAAGAAGGUUAAUGGUCAAACUGUUGGAAUGGAUACAGGUCGAGCAAAACGUAGUGUCCGCAGGAUUCCUUCCUCAAAUAUGGAUAGUACGUCUGUUCAAGCAACCUCUGAAUUUGAUAAGCCCAAGUGUAACCCGAGGAAAAUUUUCGGCCACCCAGCUGGGCCCGUGCAGGAAAACCCACAAAAUGAGCUUGAAAAGGUUAAACGCAAUUUGAGAAAGGUUCAUAAUCCUGUAGUAGAACAUUCAUUGCAGUCAGAGUUUGAAUUUGAAAAGCUAAAGAGUUUGGAGAAGGUCUCAAGUACUCCGGACCUUGAUAUUGUAGAAGAGAGCCUGAAAAGGUCAGCUGAGAAGACUAGCAAAGAGGCGGCCAUGACAGCUAAUAAUUCAGCUGAUAAAAUGAAGAAAGAGAUGGCGCUGACAAUAAAUAGCUCAGUUGAGAAGAGGAAGAAAGAAAUGGCAAUGGCAGUAACUAGCUCAACUGAGAAGAUGAGUCGAGAGAUGACAACUGUAAAUAUCUCAGCUGAGGGGCUGAACAAGGAGAUGGCUGUGACAGUGAAUGGGUCAUCCGAGAUUAUAAAGAAACAGGUUACCACAGCAACUUCAGAAUCACCCGAGAUUGAAACUAUGCCAUGGCCAUUAUGGAUGAAUGAGACAACGGAUUCAUUGCAUGCUGAUUGUGCUGCCGUUGACUCAAAGCCUUCGAUAGAUAUAACUAUUAAAGAUGAGAAUUCUCCCAUAACAAAUGUGGAGUUAAAGAGGAAGGACGGAUCCGUGAAUAAUGAGCCGCAGCUCCAGAAGUCCGGCAAGAAAGCUUCUAAUCCUGCAAAACAGGUUGGCACAGAAAAUGGACAUCAGAACAGUCCUGUACUGCCAAGCUACAUGGGAGCUACUGAAUCUGUCAAGGCUAAGCUGAGACUACAAGGCUCUCCUCGCUCUGGCCAGGAUGGAGAUGAAAAAAGUAACCUCAGUCGUCGCCAGUCUUUGCCAUCCCCAGCCAAUAGUAAACUCAGCUCACAUUCACCAAGGACACAGAGACUGGUUCAUUCAGGGAAAGUGGAGAACAAAAGAGACAGAUCCGCUUUAUCAUCCCGAGAUGGAAAUGCGAAAGCAACACAAGUGGAGUGGAGGAGGUGAUUUUGUGUUGCGUUAAGGGGUUGAAGAUUCAUAUGCUUUGCGGAUAUUUAUAUUUAUUCUUUGAUGUAGGAUAAAAGAAGUAUGCUAUGAAACUGAAACAGGGUAUUAUACCCGAAGGUGUGUGCUGCUGGCCGAUUGCCUCUAAAGUUUUCUUUUUCUGGGUGUUUGUGUAUAGAAAUAGAAUACGGUUUGAACUUUCAGCUAUUAAAAUUUGGGUAAAGUACCUAAGUUGUCUGUAUCUGUUUUUGUGGGUUUGUUUUUACAAAACUCUAAUAUUCAAUCAAGAUUUUGUUUUUAUUGAAA